UAAGGGAAUGAAGCGAGAGGAAGGAAAAGAAAGAGUUACAAGAAAUUGGCAGGGCGGCGCGCCUUGCCCUUCCCAUGCAGCAGCAGCAGCGCCCCUUCCUCUAGGGUUCCGCCUUUGGCCGGGAUGCAGACCUUCCGCAUCCCCACGGUGGAUGCCCUCCGCUUCCCGCACGCCGCCGCCUCGCCCUCUGCCGGCUCCGUCCGCGACUCCGUCGCCGAGGCCGCGCCCCGUCGCGAGACGGAUCCCAAGAAGCGGGUGGUCAUCACCGGGAUGAGGCUCGUCUCGGUGUUCGGAAACGACGUGGAUGCGUACUACGAGAAGCUGCUGGAAGGGGAGAGCGGGAUCGGGAACAUUGACCGGUUCGACGCUUCCAAGUUCUCCACGAAGUUCGCAGGGCAAAUCAGAGGAUUCUCGUCGGAGGGGUACAUUGACGAGAAGAACGACCGGCGGCUUGAUGAUUACCUGAGGUAUUGCCUGGUCAGUGGCAGUCAAGCUCAUGAUAAGGUUCCGGAGAGCCUUGAACAUGCGAUGAAGCGCGAUGCACCAAUUAUUGCUGAGUGAGUAUCUGGGAGGUGCUGUGAAUUGUGAUGCCUAUCAUAUGACAGAUCCUAGAUCUGAUGGGCUUGGAGUUUCAUCUUGUAUUAGGAAAGUCUUGAAGAUGCUAGGGUGGCACCAGAAGAGGUAACUCGAUUAUCUUUAGCAGUGUGAAGCAUUCAAAUUGAUUUGUUCUUUUAUUAUCAUGCAUGUGGAACAUUUUCUUACCUGUUUGCUAUUUCAUCAAAAAUAUUUGCUGGAGUUGGAAACUAUAUUAGAUGUAUUUCCACUCAUCAUACUAAGUGCCAAUUUUGUUUGUGUGUGCACCUGUACACAUGGAUAGUUCUGUUGCUAUCUAUUAACCAUGCCAUUCACGCAGCAGCCUUCAUCCUCAACCACUUUUUAUGCGUAAUUCUUUUACAUAAUUCGGCUUUGUUAAUGGCAACUAUUUUGGUUAUUAUUUUCUAGUUAAGGAACUCCAAGCAUGUCUGAACCUCUUCAGAUGUUUUCCUCUUUUUAACCUUUGUUGAAGACAUCAAGGAUUUGACUCAUCAGCAUAGCUCCUUUUGUGUGCUGGAGCAUGUCUGUGUAUAUUUGUGGCUCCCCUCAUGCACUUGACUGCCCUUUGCAUUGUUAAUUAGAACUACGGAUGAUUCGCCAGAAUGGAAGAGAUCAUAAAUUGUCCAAUCAUCAACGUAUACAGAUUUAUUAUGCAUCUACAGAACUCUUUUUUUUUUUUUUCCCCUGCAUGAAAUACAUCUUUAAAAAUACUUUCUCCUGUCAGUGAGAUGUCAUAAAUUUAAAUUUUCUUUCAU